UAGCUGUGGUUAGCACAGAGUGAAAGUGUGUGUAGCAGCAAAGUUUGUCUCAGUUACAUGUAUGAAUCCAGCAAUCGUUCGUGUGCAUUAAACACAUGUCAGGUAACGUCGCGGUCAGCAGGCUGCUCUGUCGCUGCUAGGAGAGGAGUGAAAAUUGUGUGCCAUGAAAAUGAUUUCCUUACCAGUGUCUGAUAGGCCAUGUUAGGCUUGUCAGGUUAUGCAGGGGUUAUGGAAAGUCUAAUGAAUUCUGCCGAAGAGCAGCGACCGUCCUCUCCCCUGAGCAACUCUCAAGUUGUUGGAGGAUUUGUUUUAGUGCAUGCAGGAGCAGGAUACCAUUCUGAAUCUAAGGCCAAGGAGUACAAGCAUGUGUGCAAAAGAGCCUGCCAGCGAGCUGUGGACCGGCUCAAAGCUGGGGCACUUGCAGUGGAAGCAGUGACUGCAGCACUGGUUGAACUUGAGGACUCUCCUUUUACAAAUGCGGGCAUGGGCUCCAACCUUAAUUUGUCAGGGGAAAUUGAAUGUGACGCGAGUAUCAUGGAUGGGAAGUCGCUGCAUUAUGGCGCUGUCGGGGCUAUUAGUGGUAUUAAGAACCCAGUCUUAGUUGCAAAUCGUCUACUGAGUGAAGCACAGAAAGGGAAACUAUCAGCUGGCAGAAUACCACCCUGCUUUUUAGUGGGGCGAGGAGCACACGAUUGGGCAGUCAGCCAUGGAAUACCACCAUGCCCUUCAGAGAAAAUGGCCACCAAGUUCAGUUUAUCUGCGUACAAGAGAAACAAGCGAAAGAUGGAGAUGGCAGAAAAAAUGGACACAGGACAUAAUCAGACAAAGAAAAGACGACAAUCAAGUGAAAAUGAAAAUGGUUCAGGAUGCCUCGACACAGUGGGAGCCGUCGUGGUAGACCUGGAAGGGAAUGUAGCUGCAGCUGUGUCCAGCGGAGGCCUGGCCAUGAAACAUCCUGGCAGGGUUGGCCAGGCUGCUCAUUAUGGAUGUGGCUGCUGGGCUGAAAAUGCCUGUAAUAUGAACCCUUACUCUACAGCAGUGAGUACCUCAGGCUGUGGAGAGCAUCUGAUUCGCACCAUGCUGGCACGGGAAUGCUCUGCUGCCAUGCAGUCUGAAGAUGCCCACCAAGCACUGCUGGAGGCUAUGCAAACCAAGUUUAUCAGCUCACCCUUUCUGGCCAGCGAAGACCGUGUUUUGGGUGGAGUAAUUGUCUUGCGCUGCUGCAGAUGUGUGGAAGCUCCGCCAUCUCAAAAUAUUCAGGGUAUUCUGGUGGAGUUCCUAUGGAGUCACACCACAGAGAGCAUGUGUGUUGGCUACAUGUCUGCCCAAGAUAGCAAAGCAAAGACACACAUAUCCAGGUUACCACCUGGGACUGUUCCUGGACAGUGUUUGGCCAUCGAGGGAGGUGUGUGCCGACUAAUGGAGUGAGCUGUAUUUGUCCUCCUUCUGGGCAUCUUCAGGAAUACAGCAGUUCUCCAAUACAAACCCUUCCACUCUCUCUCUCUCUCUCUCUCACACACUCACACUCACACACACACACACACACACACACACACACACACACACACACACACACACCUCCCAACCACCUUUGUAAUGCCAGAAGUAAUAAGCUUUAGCUGUUUUGACAGGUGCCCAGGAAGGAAGGAGGGGUGUUAGCUUCUACUUAGUGCACUUACAGGACUUCCUUUUGCCACUGUCUGCCUCCAGCAUGUACUCUAUGCCAACCUGCCCCCCCCAGCUCUCCAGUGUCACCUGGAUUAGACUUGAUGCACCAUUGCCUUGAUGUACCAUUUUUUCUUUGUUACUCUUUUCCAACUGAAAGUGGCAUCCUUCCUUUUGUAUAUAAGCUAUGAUUUAGGAAAACAGGGUGGGCGUUGAUGUUGUUUUGUAUUGCUGAACAGAUGUGACUAUUUUCAAAGUUUAGGAAUUUCAAAUGCGAGACUUAUUUUGUUCUUAAAAUCCUUUUGGAGUUUAAAAAGAUGUCAGAUUGCACCUUGUGGAAUGCCUGCUACUCAAGAUAAUUGUUAAGACCGAAGCAUUUAUAGCUGUGAGAGCUGAACAGUGACGAUAAAAGCUAUUUACGAUGUUAACACGUACAGAUCAACUUCCAUGUACUCGCGCACACAUUGUUAUUAAUCCUCCAGCAUAAUGUAUAAUGUAGCAUAACGUGCAUCUUAGAUCAUGAUAAAUUUUAUAACCAUUUCAGCCAUAGAAUGCUUUGCUUUGAUUGUUUUAAGAUGUGAAUACAUUGCUAUUGCAUGACCGAAAUUCUACAGUAAGCCACUUUCUGUUCUCUGACAGGCGUAGAGUUGAUCAAGAAGCAGGAAGCUAUGCACUUCCAAAGGGAUGCUGACGCAUUCAUAUAGUGCUCAGGUAGCAGCAUUUGACCCCACCGCCAAACACGACUGUUACUCCUCAUUUAAAAAUCACAAUUUAUAUUUCUAUGGUCGCAUUGACAGAGACAUGUAUAUUCUUGCUAAAUACAGGACAGAUAAAAACUCAUUUGUAUGCAUCAAGCCCAUGAAAUGGCGCUUUUGAGAAUUGUACUUGAAAGGAGUAAGGGUCUAAAUUGAUAUUUCUGUUCAGAUAAUCAGUUUCUCCGGUUUAGCUGUUUCACUCAGUUACUACUGAGAAUUCCAAUUCAACAAAACCUUGAUAGAGCUUGUUUAUUAUUUACUUGAAAAUGCAUCUAAUAUAAAAUGGUAUAAGCUAUUGAAAUGCUAAUAUGUGCACAGCUCUCCACAGUGCUCAAACAGUAAAUAAAAUCUAUGUUGCUACA